AUGACCGUGCCCUGGCGGCCAGGAAAGCAACGCAUCACUUAUAAGGAAGAGGAGGACUUGACACUCCAGCCCCGUUCCUGCCUCCAGUGCUCCGAGUCCCUAGUAGGCCUCCAGGUGGGCAAAAGCACCGAGCAGGGUAACCACGACCAGCUUAAAGAACUGUACUCGGCUGGGAACUUGACGGUGCUAGCUACUGACCCCCUGCUCCACCAGGACCCAGUACAGUUAGACUUUCACUUCCGCCUCACCUCCCAAACCUCCGCCCAUUGGCACGGCCUUCUCUGUGACCGUCGACUCUUCCUGGAUAUCCCAUAUCGGGCCUUGGAUCAAGGCAACCGGGAAAGUUUGACUGCAACGCUGGAGUACGUGGAAGAGAAGACAAAUGUGGACUCCGUGUUUGUGAACUUCCAGAAUGAUCGGAACGACAGAGGUGCCCUGCUGCGGGCCUUCAGCUACAUGGGCUUUGAGGUGGUCAGACCAGGUCACCCUGCCCUCCCUCCCUGGGACAAUGUCAUCUUUAUGGUGUAUCCCCUUGAAAGGGAUGUUGGCCACCUGCCCAGUGAGCCUCCUUGAACGUGCUUAUUCCAACGCUUUGAGGGGCUAGAAGCCUUGACACCUGGGGAUCAGGGGCCCGAGAUGUAAUUCAGAACACCUUCCAUCCUAGGAAUAAAGGGUAGUUGCAAUCAUCAA